CCCACUAUCGCUUCUCGGUGACCCUCGUUGGAAUUCUUUUUCUGUCGCUUCUUUUUUCUUCUGUUCUGUUUAGUCACAUCGCGCCCAACCAUGUGGAGACGCGUCUAUCUCGUUCUUCUCGCCGUGAGAGCCUAUUUCGCUCUAUCGCCUUCUUACAUACACCCCGACGAGCAUUUCCAGGGGCCAGAGGUUAUCGCUGGCGACAUCUUCGACUGGCGAAUUACAAAGACUUGGGAGUUCACUUCAUCGGCUCCGAUACGCAGCGUUUUCCCACUAUGGGCGGUUUACGGAAUUCCCAUGCACCUAUUGCAUUGGAUUGCCCCUGGGUCCGGGCCACCUAGCCCCUGGCUUGUUUUCAACACCUUGAGGGUUCUGUUCUUCUUGAUAUCGUUUGUUCUUGAGGACUGGGCACUUCAAGAACUCAUUGCUUCACCGAGACUUAGACGGACGAGCCUCUUAUUGCUAGCCAGUAGCUUCGUAACCUGGACUUAUCAAACCCAUACAUUCUCCAAUGCUGUAGAGACCAUCGGUGUCGCUUGGGCGUUAGUGCUGAUACAGAGGAUCAAAACUUCGAAAGAGGCGGCAUGGCUAUCAAGCGGGCUGUUUGGAAUGACUGUGGUUUUCUGCUUCUUCAACAGGAUCACUUUUCCGGCGUUUAUUCUUCUCCCGGCAUUCCAAUUGUUUCCGCACUUCCUUCGCCAUCCCACCUGUAUAAUUCCCCUCACGCUCACUACGCUUCUCACUGUAGGCGCAGCGGUAUACUACGAUACGGUUUUCUAUUCCGCAAAUACACCCACAAUCUCACUUACCUCCCUCUUCGGAACUGCACCGAUAAUCACUCCCAUCAAUAACCUCCUCUACAAUGCAUCCCCAGAGAACCUCUCCAACCAUGGCCUUCACCCCAGGUGGACCCAUUUCCUGGUCAACCUCCCCCAGCUCCUCGGCCCGGCCACCCUGUGCCUCGUUACAAUCCGCCGGGCCUCUCUCCCUGUUCUCUCGGCCAUCUCAGGCAUCUCCAUCCUGAGCAUAUCCCCCCACCAAGAGGCUCGUUUCCUUAUCCCAGCGGUGCCACUCCUGCUCUGCUCCAUCUCCCUCCCCCGCAAUAAAAUCCUCAACAAGCUCUGGAUAACCUCCUGGAUAAUCUUUAAUGUCCUUCUAGGCGCCCUCUUCGGCGUCUUCCAUCAGGGGGGGGUGGUCCCUACCCAGGUUUAUCUUGGGAGCCUCCCACUAACGCCAACACCCACCACCGCCGUCUGGUGGAAAACGUACUCACCACCAACUUGGCUACUUGGAGCAAAAGAUGAUAGCCUAAUAACAAUAGACCUAAUGAGUUCUUCCCUCGACAAACUGGUCGAAACGGUGAAGCCACUAGCGGACUGCUCUCAGGAGAACUACUUGAUAGCUCCUAUGUCUUCCACCGCGUUGGACCAAUUUGUCUCUAUCAAUUCGCCAUCGCAACCAUUCAUGUUGGAAAAGAAGUGGGAAUAUAUGAAUCAUUUCAACCUCGACGAUUUGGAUUUUGCCGAUGACGGAGUGUUACCCACGAUUCAGCGAGUCGUGGGAAGGCGCGGGCUUGCAGUAUGGAGGAUCGGGAAGAUUGGGUGUUAGUUGAGCUUGCUUUGCUGCGCAUACACAAUAUAUUACCAUAAUAUUUCCUUUUUUUUUUGAGCUGGUUUUGGAGCAUUUGGCUAGGUGGAAAAGGGAGGAUGGGAUAUAUCGGCAUGGUAUAAUAGGCACCCCUGAUAGUGCCUUAUUGCUUUUGUGGGUGCUCUAAGUACUAUUUUUCUUUUUUUCUUUUUUUUCUUAUUUUAGGGAUUGGCUUGCUGUUGGUUGCUGGUUUUCUGCUCUUUUCUUUUGUAUUUUUACUUGCAUUUUUUAUAUUCGUUCUGGAAAAGGAUAAGGGAGGGAAAUCAUAGGGUUGGACGGUAUGGUACAGGACGGUAUGUACGGUCUGGGGUGAAUUUCUUUGGAUGUUGGGAGUCUGGGGCUAGCUUGUUACGAUAUACCAUAUCAAUACAACGGUAAUUUGUUGGUAUCAUUAAA